AUGGGACUGGUACAGUGGCAUACGAUCACGCACCUACAGACAGUGCAAUGGUGGAAGCUGCACCUAAACAUUCAAAUGCAACAAAUGGUACCAAGCCCAGGCAGCUCGAAGAUGGUGGCACAGGUAAAUGACGACCUGCGUCAGAGGAACCAGCAGCUUGAGUGCCGUAUCACUGAACUCGAAGCAGCUGCUGAACUACGAAGCCAUGAACUGAAAAAGCUCCAUGGAACACUGGCCACAGCUGGUGAAAAGUUCUCCAAGGAACAGCAGGAGUUGAAGUCUUAUGUUUGUGACUUGGAGAUGAAACUAGAACGGAGCAGUUCCAUUCAAAAGCUCGGUACCAGGUGCACCCCCGCCCGUGUUCUCUCCGACGAUGAAAAGCUUCAUUUUUACACUGGGUUUAAUGGUCUGGAGCGCUUCAAAAGGUUUUGCAGCUUUGUUGAGGCAGGUUAUGAAGACUACAAGAACGCUUGCACCGAGAGUCCAUCAAACAGAGGUAGGAGUCGGGUGUUUUCUGUGGAGGAGCAGCUCAUCAUUGUUCUCAUCAUACUCAAGGUGGGACUACUGGAACGGGACCUGCCAUUUAGGUAUGAUGUCAGUUUAGGGUACGUGAGUGAACUGUGCUCAUUUUGGACUGAAUUCUUGAGCAACUACUUGGAACAGACACCGCUAUGGCCUUCCAGAGAGACCGUGAAUGACUUUAUGCCGGAAGUAUUCAAGGAAUCAUACCCAACAACUAGAGUCAUCUUGGACUGCACAGAACUCUUCAUUGAGACCCCGAGUGACCUGCGGGUUCAAAGUGAUACUUACUCGUCAUAUAAGUCGCAUAACACAGCAAAAGGUCUCAUCGGUAUUGCUCCAAAUGGGUUUGUUACAUUUGUAAGUGACUUGGCACCUGGGAGGAUCUCAGAUAAGGCCCUGGUUAAACAGAGUGGACUGUAUCAAUUACUUGAACCAGGCGACAGUGUUAUGGCGGACCGGGGAUUUCUUAUUGUUGAGGACCUUGCUGCACUGAAUGUUGGCUUAAAUAUUCCCCCAUUCUUAAAGGAGUACAGAGGGCCAUCCAAAAAAUUUUCAGAUUAA